AUGUCAAAAUCUGAAUCCUCUCAGCCUACCCUGCUCUCCGUACCAGCACUAGAACUCAGUCAACGCAUUGCGGUGGAAGUACCCAAGUCAGAUCCUCCGAGCAAAACUCAAGAGCCUAGUCAUCUUGAUCCACUACCUGUCAAAGCAACGGACUUGAUGGAAUCUGAAAUGACACCACCAAAUCAUCUUGAAAACGUUCUGACAGAAGAAAACCUAGCUGCCACCCAAACUUCUGACACAUCAGCUUCCAGCGAACAUGUCCCCGUAACCGACCCAACCUUUGAUCCACCAGCUCUGCUCAAGAAAUCCUCAGCCGCCAACUCAACUUCUGAUGAACCAGCUCCCAUCGGCUCAAAUUCUGACACACCAGCUCCCAACAAAAAUGUCCUAGUCACCGACCCGGCUUUUGAUCCACCAGCUCCACUCAAGGAAUUCUCAGCCACCAACCCAAUGUCUGAAGAGCCAGCUUCCCUCGACUCAACUUCUGACACAUCAGCUUCCAGCGAAGAUGUCCCCGUAACCGACCCAACCUUUGAUCCACCAUCUCUGCUCAAGAAAUUCUCAGCCGCCAACUCAACUUCUGAUGAACCGGCUCCCCUUGAGAACGCCACGAACCCAGAACUAGAACCCAAGUGUCUUGAAUACCAGCCAGAUCAAAAUCCAAUUCUAGAUCCACUAGGUGGCAUUCCCAAUGCUGAGGCUUCCAAUCAGUCAAAUACGCCACAAUCAACUGCUGAAAUAAGAAAGGAUGAUCUACCACCUUUCACUUACUUAUCUGGAUCUCCUCAGCCCACCGAACCACAUCCUUGGUCUCAACAGCGGCAUAUAUCAACCAGUCCUGACAGAACACCUUUCAACUCACCCCUGCCGUAUGACACGCCUCACCAAUCAAAACAUGCGACAGUUGAUUCUCUAGAGCCUCAAACUGUUAAUCCUCUUGAGAUAUUCUUUCCAGAAAAAAAUCACUCAUUUCCCCCAGUUGAUGAAAUCCCCCUUGGUGAUGACACAUCAAAUCCUUCCAAUACUUCAAAAUCACUAUCGCCAAGGGUUAGACAAUCAAAAGGAGCGGCCGAAAAUACUAGCCAAACAUUGGACGUUGUUGUUGACCCAUUGAUCCAUUCCAAGACCCAGAAAACAUCGACAUUUCGAUCAGAAAAUAUGUUGUCCAACAAGCAACUUAUUUCCCGUAAGAAACGACGCGCCAAAGAUACUAGCGAAGAUCAUACUCAGCAAGCAUCGGGUAAACGUCCAAGGAAUCUCAGGGAGGAAUCGGUUGAUGAUCCACAAGAUGAUGAGGAGGAAUUGGUUGAUGAUCAACAAGAUCAUGAGAAGGAAUUGGUUGAUAAUCAACCAGAUGAUGAAGAGACUACAAAUUAUGGCAGUCCAGUUGAUAUUAAAAUACGCCACCGCAAUCAACGACCUCAGCCAAGCAAGACCUCAACCAGCAUCACACUUUUAUAA